AUGCAGGGUAGUUGGUCGAUUCUGAAGAAGAACUGCUCAAACUUCUUCCCUGGUCUUGCGGUGUUUGCCAGACAAACACAAGAGGCACUCGAUAUUUGGCUUCGUAUUUACAAUCGUCAGCUCAAAUAUGGACCAGCGGACUUUGUGGAGCAGAGCGAAACGUACUCCCCUGACUACCACAAGCGCUUUCACUCGCAGGACAAGAACAUGUGGGUUGACAUGGAGCUUAGUAAGGAAGUCUCUCAGAAGGAAGUGGCAAAGUUAAUGGCAUACAAACUGGAUAUGUGGCGUAUGGUACACUGCACGGGCUCUACACUUGUGAUUGGCGGCUAUGCACUUCCUCUCGCUCUCUUCUGGCUUGCAAACGACACGUGGGUGCCGUCGUCUUUUAACCGCACACCGGAGGAAUUGAAGGCAUGGCGACAUGCGCAGGACUUAUAUCGCUACCGCAGUGUGCCUUCAUAUCUUACAGACACCAAAUGGUUCUUUGACUUUCAUGCGUACCCGUGGAAUGAGACACAGGAACGUGCUUGGGAUGAUCUCUUUGAGAAGAAUGAUGUUUGGCGUGAUCCUAAGGUGGUUCGUCCGGCUGCAGAGAUGUAUGAUGGAUUCAUUAAGUUUGAACUUAUUAAACGAAAGUCACUCCGUCACCUUUGCCGCAGUAUGAAUAUUCCAACAUUCCCAAUGCUUACACGUCUUUGUAAUGGUACACGAGUACGAGACUACUGGAAUCUCGCAUGGUCGGAGGAUUAUAUGGUCAUUACUCAGAAAUUACAUGAAAAGAUGUCAGAUGAGGAGUUGUACGACUUUGCAUGGAGACGUUUUCUCGCCCCAUAUGAUAAAAAUCUCACACGCGAAGAAGUGAUGAAACGCGUGGAGGAUUACUUCACCUUCCUUGGUCCUGAGUUCCUUGAGAAGGGAAAGGCACCUAAUCUUGUUAUUCUGACAAACUACGUGCUUGGGUAUUAUAAUGAUCCCGCAUAUCUUGAGGAGGAUAUUGCCGAGCUUGACAAGAAUGACUAUGAUCACCUCGCAAGUUGGGGCAAAGACGCAUUCCUCCGCCGUCUUGAGUUUGAGAAUGGUCCACUGCGCGACCAGGUGGAGGCACACACACAGAAGUUGCUGGCAGAACGUGCUGCAGUUGCAAAGGAACAGGAAACUGCAAAGAAGACAGCGUAG